AUGGACUCAUACAUUGACCUACGGUUGAAGGCUUACAAGUACAUUGCCUAUUCGGCCGUUUCAUUCUCACUUCUUGCCGCCGUUUCCCUUUGCUUUACCUUGCCUCUCAUCUACAAUUAUGCCAACACCACCAAGGCACAACUUGCCAAAGAUUCAUUGUAUUGCAAGGUUUGUAUUUACUCAUUUACGCCAUUUUUUGAUUUUUCAUUUAGUUUAUCAUCUUUCUGCUUCCUAGAAGAUUUCCCCUAAGGCUUAUUGAGAUCGCAACUAAAACAUGAGACAUUUUGAUAUCAAGUACAAAUAAAAUUCUUUAAAAAAUCGAAGACUUUUAAGACAUUAUUUGUGCUUAGAAGAUUCUCCUUGGAACUCCAAAAUAUUUGAAGAAUCAAAAAGAAAAGAAAACAGAUUUUCUUUUUUGUGUCGUUUCUUACAACUUAUAACAUGUUGAGAACGUUCAAAUAGCGGGAGAAUAUCAAAUGUUUGUUCGGAGAAAGGAUAUUCCUUUUUACGAGUUCAUUUUUCUCAAUAAAUAAAGACUAAAACCUUCAGAACCUCAAAUAAAUUUCAAAUUUUUAAUCUCAAACUGUUUCAGGGAUCUGUGCGAGACAUUUGGGUUGAGCUGUCGGACGUCAAGAUGACGGCUCACAACAGGACUGCUCGUCAGGCCUACGCUUCAGGAGCUGGAGGUGCCGGCGGCGGCUCUUACGCAAGCGGAGGAGGAGCUGGAGCUGGUGCCGGUGGAUACGCAAGCGGAGGAGGAACUGGAGCUGGUGCCGGUGGAUACGCUAGCGGCGGAGGAGCUGCCGCCGGGGGUGGCGGUUACGCGAGCGGCGGAGGAGCCGGCGCAGGAGCCGGAUCUGGAGGCUACGCUGCCGCUGCUGCUGGAGCUGGAGCUGGAGGAGGUGGCGGAUGCUCUGGCUGCUGCAACCCAGGACCACCAGGACCAGGCGGAAGUCCAGGAAAGCCAGGAAAGCCCGGAAAGCCUGGAGCCGCCGGUAUGCCUGGAAAUCCAGGAAAAGGAGCCAGCGCGCCAUGUGAAGCUAGCACUCCACCACCAUGCCAGCCAUGCCCACCAGGACCGCCAGGACCACCAGGACCAGACGGACCCGCUGGAAAUGCAGGAUCUCCAGGACCUGACGGUUCCCCAGCUCCACCAUCUUCCGCUGGACCACCAGGACCUCCAGGACCAGCCGGACCAGCUGGAAACGACGGACAACCAGGAUCUGCCGGACAACCAGGUCCAGCUGGAGAGACUAGCUAUCCAACUGAAGCUGCGCCUGGACCACAAGGGCCACCAGGUCCCCCAGGACCACCAGGACCAGACGGACAAGGCGGACAAGGUCAGCCAGGAGAACCAGGACCGAAAGGACCACCCGGACCCGCUGGAGGACCAGGAAACGACGGAAACCCAGGACCACCAGGAUCUGCAGGAAACGCCGGUGGGGAAGGAGAGAAAGGAAUCUGCCCCAAGUGAGUUUUACAGAUCGAUUCUUGAUGACUAGCCGAACAUUUUAGGUACUGCGCCAUCGAUGGCGGUAUCUUCUUCGAGGAUGGAACCCGUCGCCGCUAA